AGUUGCAUCAGGUGUGCUUUAAACAACACCUGUUCUGCAUAUUUGUGCUGUUGUGAGGGAUUCUAUUCAGGGCGUUGAAUAAUCUUGAGACUGGAGAAAUCGUUAUAAGUUGCAUUUUCAGUCGUAUUUGGGGAAACCACUUCAAGCAUUUCAAUUGCUUUUGUUCGAUUUGUACGUUGCAAACAGCUGAAAGUCUGAACAUUUUCACAAUAAACCUGAUUUACACUGGGGGUUGAAUCAUUUGAUUGCAACUGUUUGAGUCCCUAACCUGUUCCAGCAUGUGAGGUCCAUGAAGACACAGUUUCCCAAGGUUGGAGUAGAAGAACUCGAGUAGCCUGCACAGAACCCUGACCUCAACCUUUGGGAUGAAUUGGAGUGCCGAUCGCACCCCAGGCCUCGUUGCCCACCAUCAGUGCCUCACCUCACUAAUGCUCUUGUAGCUGAAUGGGCAGAAAUUCCAAUAGCCACACUCAAAAUCUAGUGAAAAGAUUUCCUUCCCAGAAGUUUAUUAUUGAGGUUAUGUUCAACAAGCACAUACUGGUGUGAUGGUGGUGUGUCCACGUUUUAUUUGGCCAUGUAGUGUAUAUUUUCUUCACUUGUUUUGUUUUUUGUUUUUAUAAUUUAUCUCUCAUCCAGUGUAAUCCAGGACCCCUUCCACAUCUCAGCUGGCAUCCCAAAGCUGAGAACCCAGUGCUUUACAGUUUUGCGGGUCCCAAGAUUACAACUUCUCUAGGACAGGGCGAUGUAAAUUAUGCUCACAGGCUGUGACAAGCAGCAGUUCAGGAACCCCAUGCAUUAAAUUAGAGUAUGUUUUCCUCCCUGUCCUCCUCCUCUCCCUCCCACUGGUAGUUAAACGAGUUUCACCUGCAUUACGUGUACACUUGCCAAAAGGAGAGCGAGAGAAGCUUAGCUAGGACUCAGCCCCAAAGACUUUUCAUUUGGGAGGACAAUUAAAUACUUCUUUUUCUAUCCUGUGUUUCUUGGAGCCUGUAACAAAAUGCCUUGACUUCUUCUGCGCGUUUUCUUUUUCUCUUCCAAAAAUUAAACCUAGAGAUCUUUUUAUUUGAACACUCAUUUCUUCAGUACCUAAUAUAGCCAGUGAAAGUGCCAAACACUUCUGGCCUAUAAAAAAAAAAAUGAAUGCAAUGCCAACUGGCGCACACGGUUAAAUUGGGCUAUGAUUUGAUUUUCUGCUGGUUUUGUUUCUCAUUGAAACUUGAACACGCUCCGACAUGAAAUCUGCAUCACUGAAAUAGAUCGUCACACUCGUCAUCUGGAUUUAUUUUAGAAGUGCUGAUUUAUGACUCUUGAAGGCUGACACUCGGGUUUGUGGUUAGACGACGUUACCCGCUUCUGCUCUCCCAGAAGUCGAGUUUCAGUCGCUUUUAUUGCUCGGACAUAUUUGCAGAAGACCCUUUGUUUAAAGAUGAUUUUGCGUGGCGGUCGUACUGAGAGUGCGGUCUGGAAGAAGUUGCUCGGUGUGGGGCUGCUCGUGCUCACGACGCUCACAGUGAGGUGUGAAGGGGGAAAGAUGAAACUCGAGGACACAUUGAGAACUUGCUACAGACUGACGGAUGUGGCGGAGAGUCUGCGCCUUCGUGUGGACUCGGUAGUUGGAGCCCACACGACCGAAAAGUGCUUGAUGGUCUUAGACAUGGCGCUGCACUUUGUAGCAGAAGGUGCUGCUGGUGGCCUGAACGUCAUCACUGUUUACGUGGCUGAGAUUCUGCGCGCAACUGGAGUAGGCGAUCCCGUGUCCAUUCCUCACUUCACCCCUGAGGGCAUGGCCGUUGCAGCAAAGUGGAUGUUACUGGCGUUGAUUAGUUACUGGCUGCUGUGCGCGGUGUUGCGUUUAACUGUAGCAUUGUUACGGCGGGGGUUCUGGAUGCUGAAGAUCAUCGUGCUCGUGUUUUUCUUCAGUCGGAUCAUCAGUGAUCCAAAGGCGUCCUCUGAAAUCACGCUCAUGCGUUUGUUCCUGCUGGUGAUGUUCACGGCUGUGUGGAGCGUAGCCACUGGGAGGAAGAGCGGGACAGACCUGACCAGCCUGGAGAGUCGAUUGGCGAGACUGGAGGACAAAGUGGCCGUGAUGGAGAAGUGUAAAAACGGAGUAACGAGAGACUAAAUAAAGGGAUGUGUUUAGAGGCGAUGGAGAGAUGGAAGAAAGGAGGAGGAGAAUGAUCGAGAAUUAAAUGAACGUUGUAGAUUAUAUAAUCACGAUAAAUCGCUUUCCGGGGUUACUUUGUAAAAUCUAUAUAAUUGAUUUUUCAACUCGUAAGGUUAAUUUCUUUGUUUUCUAAAUAUUUUGAAGUCAUAAUGUGUAAUGAAACUCUUCACAGGUGUGCUUAAAAUGGACUCCUUCUUCUGACUGUGGUGUAUAAUCAUUCAGUAAAAGCUAAUUUACUCAGCUUAGUGGAAAGACGAGGUGAUUUCUACAUUGAACAUGGAUCCAAGAUGUCAUCGUAACGUACACUGUGAUUAUAGUGGAAUGGAAAAACCAUAAUAAACCACAAAGCUCCUCUGUCCUGAAGACCUUCCCAUGUCAAAAACCGUAAAGGAGCUUCACCUUGGACUGUUACGUAGCGGUGACGCUGGAGACUCCUUCCAUAAAUAAACUGUUCCUCACAGAAAACUUUAUCAACACAUUUAUUUGUAGAGCUUCUGCAAUAUGUUCCUCUGUAGGUUCUUACUAUAGAAACGCUAAUGUAUUACAGCAAGUGGAUUAAUAUAAACCCACGAUUUGUCUUGCAGCUGAACUGCUCUCCAAGACGUCCUGUCCUAAAAUGAAUCAACACCUUCUGACCAAUCAGAUUCGAACAAAGACAUUACAGGGGAUGAAAAGAUAGCUUUGUUAUGACGUUUUCUUCUUCUUCCUUCGAAGUCCAUUUACAGACUAAUUUUGGUACAUGGACAUUUCAGAUUUAAAAAAAAAAAAAAAGAUUGGCUCGUUUAUUGAAAAUAAGCGAAAAGGAAGUAAAGACCUGAACUGUAUCAAAGCCAGAGCUCAGACCUGAAGAAUCUCUCAUGAUUUAUCAACUAUGAUUGCUCCACACUAUAAAAUACAGAUUUCCUUAAUGAUCUUUGUGUGUUACGAUAUCGCCUUAAUGUUUUUCUGUUCCUCUGUGUGAAAGUAAUAAAUAGCUUAGUACAACAUAACUUAAUCUGGGCCCAGGUAAAGAUUGUACUGCCUUUAAACUGGAUAAAAAUCAACCAAUCUGGA